AUGGAUGCCAAUAAGUUCGUAACAGAUGGCAACAACAUCACAGAUCUAAGUUCGGGAAAUAUUCAAUUGUUAUUUCAUUAUGCGACGGAGAAUUUCUACACAAAGAAACGCGUUGUGAUUAGUGAUUUGCCAUAUCAAACUAACAGAAUGAAUUUGAGAUUUCCUUCAAUCAUUCAGUUAUACUAUGUUGAGAACAUUGAUAAUGAACUCGAGUUUUAUCAAGAAUUCUUUCCUAAUGGCGAUUUAAAGAAUUUUACAAAGAACAAUUGCAUUGUAACAGAAGACAUAGCUCGAUUUUUCUAUCAAUGCGCCCGAGGCUUACAAUACCUUCACAAAAAUGGUUAUAUUCAUCGCGAUAUCUCUCCUCGUAACAUUUUCAUUGAUAUAAAUAGGAAUGCUUCAUUAGGAGAUCUAGAAUAUUCCACCAACAAUCCUGAUGCCAGUUCAAGAAUAAUAAGUAAAUAUUCUGCUCCAGAAAUCAAAGAAGUACCAAAUACUAAAAAAUCCGAUAUCUAUUCAAUAGGAGCUACAUUCGGAAAAUACAUUCUUAAGUAUCUCGAGGAUGAUGACUUAAAAAACGAAUUUCUUAACAUUGUUUCUCAGACAAAAGCUGAAGAACCUGAUAACAGAAUAUCUGCAGAUGAGCUUGUUGGCCAGAUUGAAGAUUUACUUAAGAAAAAUGGAAUGCAAAGUAUUAUUGAUGAAUUUGAGUGUCGAAUCGAGCCAUGUCAGAAUAACUACACAUUCUGUAGACUAGAUGAUAUUAAGGGAAUAAGAGAUAAUCAAUUUAUUCAAGAAAUCGUUAGUAAAGCACUUGAUUAA